GAGCAGGGAGCUGCAGGUUGGCUUGCUCUCAGGUCACUGAGAAAAUGCUGAAGAGCUGUGCCAGGUACCCAGAGUGAGGAGGAAGGGAGAUGAGGAUGAAGCUUACUGCAUCCUGGCCCAGCAAAUGGACCUGGUUCUUGGGGUAGAAGGACACUUCCAUCCUUCAGUUGUUACUCCCUGCACUGCAUGAUUAAACGCUGGCAUCGUUUCCCCAUCGUGGCAUCCCUGCUCUCAUUAUCUCAGGAGAGCCACCACAAGACUUGCUGGGACCCGUGCUGACCCUCACCACGCACAAUGACAACAAGAGAUGGACCACAGGACAGGUACAAGGCUGUCUGGUUGAUCUUCUUUAUCCUUGGCCUGGGAACGCUGCUGCCAUGGAAUUUCUUCAUGACUGCCAGGCAGUAUUUCAUCGACCGCUUGGCAGACCCACAGAACACAAGCUGCCUCUCAAACCAGACCAGCAUGGGCACUGCCUCAGAACUCUCCUACCUGCAGUCCAUGUUUGACAACUUCAUGACUCUCUGCUCCAUGGUGCCCCUCCUCAUCUUCACCUGCCUCAACUCCUUCAUCCAUCAGCGGAUUCCCCAGCAGAUCCGCAUCUCAGGCAGCCUGGUGGCCAUUGGGCUGGUGUUCUUAAUCACUGCAAUUAUGGUGAAGGUCACCAUGGAGCCUCUUCCCUUUUUUGUCUUCACCAUGAUCAGCAUUGUCUUCAUCAACUCCUUUGGCGCCAUGCUGCAGGGCAGCCUCUUUGGCCUGGCCGGGCUCCUGCCUGCCAGCUACACAGCUCCCAUCAUGAGUGGGCAGGGCUUGGCAGGCAUCUUCGCAGCUUUGGCAAUGAUAAUCAGUAUCAGCAUUGGUGCUCAGCAACCAGAGAGUUACAUUGGUUACUUCACCACGGCUUGUGUGGCGAUUCUGCUGGCUGUCGUCUCCUACAUCCUUCUACCUCGCAUGGAUUUCUUCCGGUACUACUCCAUGAAGGACAAGACAGAGUACUGUGUGUACAACGCAGAGCUGGAGACCAAGAGAGACCUGAUUAAGAAAGAUGAGCCCAAUGGGAUGGAGCAGAAUAACUCAAAGAUCAUCCCUGUCCACAAUCCGGAUGAAAAGCCCUCGGUCAUCUCCAUUUUUAAGAAGCUCUGGGUCAUGGCAGUGUCUGUCUGCUUAGUCUUCACCGUCACCAUUGGGGUCUUUCCUUCCAUCACAGCUAAGGUAUCCACUACCCUUGGAAAGGAAAACAAAUGGGAUCUCUACUUCAUCUCAGUCUCCUGCUUCCUGAUAUUUAAUGUCUUUGACUGGACGGGACGGAGUCUGACUGCUCUCUUCACAUGGCCCGGGAAGGACAGCUGCCUCUUGCCGGUGAUGGUGGUCUUACGUGUCAUCUUCAUCCCCCUUUUCAUGCUGUGCAAUGUGCAACCCCGAAACCACCUGCCCGUCAUAUUCUCUCACGAUGCCUGGUACAUCAUCUUCAUGAUCUUCUUCUCCAUCUCCAAUGGCUACCUGGCCAGCCUUUGCAUGUGCUUCGGGCCCAAGAAAGUACUUGCCCAUGAAGCAGAGACAGCUGGAGCAGUCAUGGCCUUUUUCCUGACGCUGGGCUUGGCCCUAGGAGCCGCUGUCUCUUUCCUGUUCCAAAUUCUCAUCUAGCAGAGGCACCCAGAGGGUGCAGGCAUACCAAAAUGGCUCCGCAUCCUCCUCUGAGGCCCUGGACACCUCUGUGCUGUGGGGUGAUAACACCUCACUCCUGCCCCUGCCAAAUCGCGCUGCCACAGCAGAUGUGCCAUCCAGGGACGGUUCCACUCUUCCAGGGUUGGUGUGGCUCCUGCCAUGCCUGGCUGUGUGAUGCCUUCAGGCCUAUGUGCCUUUGCCUUCCCCGUGUUGUGUGUAAAAUUCCCAGGACCUCACUGAGGUCCAUCUGCCUCCUGUGACACAGAAGUUCCCCAGCUCAAGGCCGAAAGCCAUUGCAAGCCUCCUCCUCUCCGCCAGGCAGAGCUGAAGGCUGGUUUCCAGUGUUACUCCCCCUCCUGCUCUUAUUGCAGGCAUCCUCUCCCUCUCCUCUCCCUCCCCUCAUCCUACACUGCAGCUUUUCUCCCACUGGAGACACUUGCAGAUGGGGAAAACCCCAGCCGGCCUUGCCAGCCCCACACUGCCAGACCCUGGGCCGCUGGGUUUGAAGGGCGAGAGAUAUCCGUGUCCCGUCCACGCCAAGAGCCAGCACCGCGGCUCAGCGGAUGAAGAGCUGUGCACCCUUUGCUUCUCCCUGCCCCCCUUGUUCAGCCCCCACAUAACCGGUUGCUCAUUCUGCCUUUGUUCGCUCUCCUCCCUCCGCAGGAGGAAGGCGGCGGUUCCCGGCUGCGGCAGUCGCGGCCUGCCCCCGGCUGCCCCCCGCGCUCUGUAAAUGUAUCUGUAAAUGUACAGUUGCCUUUUUCUAUAAAAAGACUGAAACGUG